UGUCUAAAUUUUUGAUUUAAAAUACAACAAGUUAUUAUAAAUCAGUCGCAAUGUAAGGUACAGCAUACACUUAUAAAUUUUGGGGUUUGUCAAAAUGAAUCACAAAAUAUCAUUUUAAAGUUCAAAUGCUGCAUCUGUUGUGUUUGAAUGGAAGUAAUAUCAAAUAACAUUUCACUACAAUGAUGAAUAUGGGAUGAUACUGAACAAUGGACACUCUGUACUUUCAAGUCAAUAACUUAUAAUGGAUAACAUAAAGCAUUCGUUUCAUCAUCUUUGUCUCGUUUAACUCUGGAUCAAGUAGUUUCAGAUGGCAUAGAUUAUAAAUGAAAAAUAAAAAAUCAUGGACAUAUUCAUCCUCCUGACUUUCCUUCAGAUAUUAUCCCUAAAUGACGCAUACAACUUUACCUGUCCAUCAUCGGCACACUGGAAUAUUCGGGCAAAAUCCAUGUGUAGGUCCCAACAAAAUUAUACUUGCUUAUUUGACGUAACUUUUAGAGUAAAUGUAUACAGAGAAAGAUGUAACAGACCUAGAAUUUUAGGUCCUGGUUAUAAAUACGUCUUUCAGCCGGAUUUUAACAGAGCAACAUGUAGUGUAAAACGAUAUCAGCCUUUUAUUUUCGGAACAAUAGGGAACAGUGACUGCAUCUUUCAAAAAUCAUUUUGCAACGACCUAGGUCAGGAGACGUAUGAAAACGGCAACUCUACGGUCGACAGAUCAUGUAUUUGUAAUACAGAUAGAGGAUAUUCGUUUGUCAGGAACUCGAAAAAACAAUGUUACUGCAAUCCGUCAACUGAGGAUUGCUCUUGCUAUCUCGGAAUAAAUCCAUUCAACGAAACGGUUGGACUAAAAGAUAUGAAAUGCUAUGAUGACAUGAAUAUGACAAGUAGUCGUUACUUAGGAGAUAGGUUUAAUAUAUCACGGACAAUAAAGAUCAUUGAGUUUGACAACUACAAAUACAACCUAAACUAUGCUCAUAUAAAUGAAUAUCGCACCAAAGCAGCUACAUGGGUUUUGAUAUUGUUAUUCGCUUACUUCGCUGUUUUGAUUAUUGUAGUAGGAAUUGAGCGACGAUGGAUAAAAAUUCGUAGUAAAUUCGAUGACAAGAAGGAACGGAUUAAUAGAGCACUGAGUCCAAAUGGGAAAACAAAAAUGGUGGAAAAAGAAAGUGCCAACAGAACAAAAAGUUUAAAUAAACCUACGCAAAUAGGAAAAAAAGAAAGCAAUACGCUAGUAAAUAAGUCAAUUGAUGUUAACCAUGCCUUUCCGAUGGAUAUAACAGCUGAUGACCUAGCCGACAACAAAGACACUGAAAAUAUGCAGGUAGAUCAGACAAAGGAUAGUACUAUAAAUCAUCUUGAUAAGACGCCUACUCAUAAAACAGACAGGAAAACCGACACAAAACUAAUUCAGAAUAAGAAUGAGCCUUCAUUAUUGGUAAUGCCCAAGGAUUUGAUGGCUAAUGUGUUUUCUAAGUCAACUGCAAAAUCUCCACGAAAUCUAUAUGCAUUAUGUGCAUUAUGGGACUUUGCAGGACAAAAAGAAUUUUAUGCUACACAUCAAGCAUUUUUGACCAGUAGUGCAGUAUACCUUGUAGUUGCAGAUAUGGAAAACGACAUAUUAAGUGAACAAGAUCAAUCGCAAUGUUCUGCAGAUUUUCAGCAUAUUGGAGAGUAUGUUGAAUUUUGGUUUGAUUCUAUCCAUUGCCAUCGAACGACCGACGAACCAGCUAGCUAUGGAUAUUUCGAUCCUCCGAUUUUAUUAGUUUUUACUGGAAAAGAUAAAUAUAACGAGGCAGAUUUUAAGAAGAGAAAGAAGGAAUUAAAUGAUCAAAUAGACAAAGUUUUGGGCAAUCAAAGCAAACAUCAUCACUUGCACAACAAGUUUUAUCUGUCAAAUAUAAUGGAUACUGACGAAGAAUUUGAAAAGCUGCGAUUCGCUAUUUACGAGACAGCAGGAACAAUGAAUAAUUGGGGUAAAGCCUUUCCGUUAAAAUGGAUUCUUUUAGAACAUUUAAUUGAUAUUAAUAAGAAAGAAGGAAAAAAAUUCAUUAAUUUUACUGACAUGUUCAAACUGGCAAAACAUCAUGAUAUCAAUUUACGAAAAGAGAACGAAUUGUUGUUGUUUCUACGAUUUCAGCAUCAUGAAGGGAAUAUUAUUUUCUUUGAAAAUAUACGAGAUUUGAUCAUUUUAAAUCCGCAGUGGUUAGCAGAUGCUUUCCGAUGUUUAGUCUCAGAUAGGUUUGAUAACAGCAGAUUGCACCACCGUGAUGACUGGACACUGUUUACACAACAAGGCAAUAUAAGUAAAUCGUUAAUUGCAGAACUCCUCAAAUCAAAAGAUAGUCAGUUUUCAGGACAGACAAAUAAUUUACAUAAAGUUAUGGAAAAGCUUGAUAUAUUGGUCAAAACUGAAAACUCAAAUUAUAUAAUGCCAAGCAUGAUGCCGUCAGCCAAGUUCGAGGAUGUAUGCAAAACAUUUGGCAUUAGUACAGGAAAAUGCAAAAGGACUUCAUGGCUUUGUUUUAAAUUUGAAUUUCUUCCACCUUCUUUCUUAACCAUCUAUCUGCCUGGUUUAUCAGAAACUAUGAUCCUAGCAAAUUAUUUAGUGGUAUUGCUUUAUACCGUGGCAUCUGUAUGUUUGACAUUGACGGAUCUGGUUGUAAAAAGAUUCUAGUUACCGUGUCGACUGAUACAAUUGCUCUUCAAAUUGUGUCGUUUUCCGAACAGGAGGGAUUUGGAAGCACGUGUAGCGAUAUCUACAGUGAAGUAACACAACUUAUUGAAGACAUAAAAGAGAGGUACAGAAUGAAAAUAUCUUUAAAACUCCAUUUCAAAUGCAGUGAUGGUCAUUAUUACAAAGAUACAUUUGCAUAUGAUAAAUUGACAAGAGACCAAGAGUGUUUUUGUCUUCAGCACAAGAAAUCACAUCGAUCUGAAAAGAUAUACUCGCCAUGGAUAAAGAAUGAGGUUAAAAGGAUUCCUAACAGAGCGAAAAUAAGCACUAAGAAGGAAGACCAUAACCCAAAAAAUUAACCGGAAAAAGAAGAAGCAUUCGAUAAGGAUCAAGCAUUAGUCAAAGCCAACCUUCCUGUUUCUGUCAAUUUACGUCAACAGUUAACUAUCAAAAAGUCUGAGAAAGAAAAUCUGUACAUUACUAGCUGUAUCAAAAUAGACAAUACAUUAAUGUUUACCGACUACACUAAUAACCGACUUAUUAUUUGUAAUUCAGACGGUACUGAUAUCCAUCACAUUCCUCUGUACUAUACACCACGUUAUAUGACACAGAUAGAUAGUAACACUGUAGCAGUAUCCUGUGUAUAUAACAGAACCAUACUGAUAAUAAAUAUAUCUACAGGUUCUGUCACCAGUACAAUCAACACCAGUGGUUACUGCUACGGAAUAUCAUAUAAUGAUAAUAACCUGUACGUUGUUAUUGAUAGGACUAUAAUACAUGUGAUGGACCUGACAGGUAAAGUAAUACGUACUAUACCUUUACCUCCAGCCCGUAUCACCGACAUUACAGUAGACAGAGACAGGUUGGUUUGUAUAGACGAUACAUCAAUAUACUGCUGCUCGUUAGAUGGAAAACCAAUUUGGAAGUUUAAAAAGGAUAAAUUUCAGGAUUUAGUUUAUGUGACAACAGAUAAUGAGAGGAAUGUCUAUGUGACUAAUUAUAAGACCAACACUGUAGAAGUUAUAUCAGAUGAUGGUAAACAUCACAGAGAACUUCUUACUAAAUCAGAUGGAUUGAAUGGGCCGUGGGGAAUUUAUUUUGACAAAAAAGAAAAUAUUCUGCUUGUUUGUAAUUAUUAUAACGGAAAGGUUUUUCUUUUUGACGUGAAAAGGAAAUCAACAUAAAUAAACAUGAAUAAUUCUUUCAGACAAUGAGUUUAUUCGGACUCGGGUCUGUUUGUGCAUUUUGUCAUUCAAAAUAACUUCUCUUUAUUUUUAUUUUCUAUACUAUCAAUUACUGAUUGUCAUGAUCUGUACAGUUGUAUUCUGUAUUCAAAGUAAGGACAAUAUUAACAAUUUAUUAUGUUCAUGUUUUUUGUGAUUAACAUCUUUUUUUUUGUAUGUGUGACAACAAUUCAACUUUAAAUUGAAAAUUAGAGAAAUGUUACAAAGACAUGUUGUGACAACACAUCAACUUUAUAUUGAAAUUUAGAGAAAUGUUACAAAGACAUGUUGUUCUUUGAUUCACGUCAAUUUGGGGUUUGAUAGUUGGAGAAAAAAAUUAUAAUGCAAGUUAUAUAUCAUCACAUCUUUCAAAACCACAUAUAAAUUGUUUAAGACAAUUAUUCGAAAUACAGACAUUCUCUUUACGGAUGUGUAGGUUGUAAAUAAAAUCUUUACAAAUUUAAAA